AUGGUGUCAGUCCAUUGCCCCGGCUUUUCACCUCUGGCAUUGCUGCUUUCUAUGAGGAUUGUUAAUGCUAAUAAAGGGAUCAAAAUUAUUAAGGGAACAGUUGCAGUUGGAUUCACCUCUGACUCAAAUGGAGAGGUGACGGAAGUUAAACUUAAGGUGGCAGAGUGCUGGAAGCUGACGUUGUUGUUGGUGUUGGUGGAAGACCUCUUGCAACGUUAUUUGAAGGGCAGACUGAUGUUUUUUUUCAAAACUAGUGUUCCCAAUGUGUAUGCUGUGGGUGAUGUAGCCACUUUUCUUAUGAAGUUAUACGAUGACUUGAGUAGUGUUGAGCACGUUGACCAUGCCCGGAUUUCAGCCGACCAGGCAGGAAAGGCCAUCAAGGCAAGUGAGAAGGGGGAAUCAGUUGUUGAAUAUGACUACCUACCAUACUUCUAUCCUCGUUCAAUUGAUCUAGCACGGCAGUUCUACGGUGAAAAUGUUGGGGACACGGUGCUUUUGGGAGACAACAACCCACAAUCGCCAAAGCCAAAGUUUGGAUCUUACUGA